AUGAAUUCUGGAGAUUACAACUCCAUAAAUCUAGAUGAAGUUGAAUUCGUCAUCGACGAAACACAAAGUGAUCCAUUCCAGGAUCAUAGUUCAUAUGUAGAGUUUGAAGACAUUUCAACCGAUUUCGGUAAUCCGGAAGGAGGUUUUGCUAGUAGAGAGGACAUGGAUGCUCAUGUAAGAUAUGUUGCUGGCUUGAGGAACGUUACUUUGGCAAUUCGUGAUUCGAAGGGAAAAGACGGCCGACGGCCCAAAGUUCGAUAUUUAUGUAGCCAAGGUGGCGGAUACAGACCAAAAAAGGUUACUGGAACUAGGUCCACUAAAACGACAAAAAAUAAUUGUCCAUUUUGGUUGGACGGAAUGGAGUACCCUGGAGGGCGCUGGUACUUUGAAGUCCGGGAGGGGAGACACAACCAUCCGUUCCCGUCUCAUGCUGUGGGAUCUCGUUUAGGUAAAAUAUCCCCUAUUCAACUUGAAGUUAUUAGGGAGCAAGAGAAUUUUAAUUUAAGCCCGAGUAAUAUGUUGGCGUCCAUGAAAAGGGCUGAUCCGGAGAACAAAUCGUGUCAGAAACAAGUUUACAAUGCUGUCAGUAAGGUGCGUGCCCAGAAAAGAGAAGGUCGGACCCCGAUGAAUAAUUUCAUCCAUUUACUCAGGCAAUUGAACUACAUGUACGACGUUCGGACUGCUGAUGAAUCUUCCGAACUUGGAGAUAUUGUUUUCUGCCACCCGGCUUCUUUUGUGAUGGUGAAUGCAUAUCCGGAAGUCAUGAUGAUUGAUUGUACGUACAACACCAAUGAGUAUGACAUGCCUCUACUAGAAGUGGUCGGUGCAACAAGUACGGACAAAACGUUCACUAUCGCCUACGCAUUCAUGCGAAAUGAGAGACAAGAAAACUACAGGUUUGUGUUACAGUUUAUCCGUACUUUGUGCGUUAGCCAAGUGACACCUAAUGUCAUUGUAACAGACCGAGAUUACGCCUUGAUGCAUGCUGUCGAGUAUGUUUUCCCGGAAUCCAGGCAUCAUUUGUGUCGCCGUCACAUUGAGCAAUGCGUGCUACAACGAGCACUGCAGCAACCUGGUUUUUUAAAAGAGGCGGCAGAAGGAUUUAAAUUUCGUUGGAAUUGGGCGAUAAGUGCACCGACCAUAGAUGACUUUAAUGAUAGAUGGGGACGUCUGGCAGCACAUUACUCGAAUUGGGGAGCAUUGUUGAACUACUGCAUUGACACAUGGAUUAGUCCGCAUUCCCAAAAAAUCCUGUCAGCUUACAUCGACCAUUAUUUUCACUUCGGAAGCUACACAACAAAUAGGUAA